GACAUGGGUUUCACAACCAUGACUGAAAUACAGGCUAAAGCAAUACCACCUUUACUGGAAGGAAGAGAUCUCGUAGGAGCAGCUAGAACAGGCUCAGGGAAGACACUCGCUUUUCUCAUACCAGCUAUCGAAUUGAUAUACAAAUUGAAAUUCAAGCCUAGAAAUGGCACUGGAGUCAUUAUUCUUUCCCCAACUAGAGAACUGUCAAUGCAAACAUUCGGAGUUUUGAUGGAAUUGAUGAAAUAUCAUCAUCACACAUAUGGCUUAGUUAUGGGAGGUUCAAACAGAACCACUGAAGCUCAAAAGCUUUCAAAAGGCAUCAAUAUAUUAGUAGCAACACCAGGGCGUCUACUAGACCAUUUGCAAAACACUCCAGACUUCCUAUAUAAAAAUUUGCAGUGUCUUAUAAUUGAUGAGGCUGAUAGAUUACUAGAAAUUGGUUUUGAAGAAGAAGUAAAACAAAUUAUUAGAUUGCUACCGAGUAAGUAACGACAGACCAUGCUUUUUAGUGCUACACAGACUAAAAAGACCGAACAAUUGACGGCUUUGGCAAUAAAACACGAGCCUGUGUAUGUGGGGGUUGAUGACCACAGAGAACAAGCUACCGUGGACUCUUUAGAACAAGGAUAUAUUGUCUGUCCCUCCGAAAAACGAAUGAUGGUUCUAUUCACAUUCCUUAAAAAGAAUAGAAAAAAGAAGGUUAUGGUGUUUUUGUCAACAUGUAUGUCUGUGAAGUAUCACCAUGAACUGUUCAACUACAUUGAUCUGCCUGUCAUGUCUAUACAUGGUAAACAACAGCAAUCAAAACGAACUACAACUUUCUUCCAAUUCUGUAAUGCAGAGAGUGGUAUCCUACUUUGCACAGACGUAGCCGCAAGAGGUUUAGAUAUCCCAGCAGUGGAUUGGAUUAUACAGUACGAUCCACCUGACGAUCCAAAGGAAUAUAUUCAUAGAGUAGGUAGAACUGCGAGAGGUCUGGGAACUAGUGGUCACGCUCUGCUGUUCUUGCGACCUGAAGAGUUGGGCUUUCUUAGGUACUUAAAACAGUCUAAGGUCACAUUAAAUGAAUUUGAGUUCUCUUGGAACAAAGUUGCUGAUAUUCAGUUACAGUUGGAAAAAUUGAUUUCCAAAAACUAUUUCUUAAAUCAAUCGGCUAAAGAAGCAUUCAAAAGUUACCUGCGGGCUUACGAUUCUCAUCACCUAAAAACUAUUUUUGAUAUUGACACUAUAGACUUAGCAAAAGUUGCUAAAUCAUUCGGCUUCACUGUACCACCAGCUGUUGAAUUAAAGGUUACUUCUAAAGGUCCCACGCAGAAAAGGAAAGGAGGAGGCGGAUUUGGAUAUUUCAAAACAUUAAACAAACCAAAUCAUAAGAAAGCAGAGAAAACUAAAAUUUAUAGACAAAAAGGAAACAAUAAAAAAUCAAUAAGCUAAAUAUUGCAUACAUUUAAAAAUGUGUUUAU